AUUGACGAGUCUUGUGUUAUAAAACAUGUUCUUGUAAUGAAUAUGACAUCCACGAUUAGCAAAAAUACAGUUUUACCACGCGUUAAUACGGGAAAAUAAAAUAAUCUGAAGCAUGCAUAUCGAUUUAUGGUAAUUUCCAUGAACACCCCAGCUACCAAUGUCAUAAGAUGACGACAACAAGACCAGAGUCGCGUUGUGAUUGAGGCGUCUGAACGCGUCCGAACUGAUAACACUCAACUCAACCUCGGUCUCUGAUCAGUGAUCAUUAUAACCAGGCAGUGUCAGGCAAGAUAUCGAGGUACGAUACCGAAGAUAGACUGUGUCAUUGGGAGUGUUGUUGCAUAGGGUAGACUGAGUAAUUGGCAAGAGAGUGGAAUAGUGGAGCUCAAGCUGGAGAAAUUUGCCAGUUUUGGAGAUGGAAUUGUCAAAGUCUCCUGAAAUUGUAGUUGGAUAUUGGUUUAAUGAUAAAAAAUGCCAAAAAUUUGGAGUGGAGGAGCUGGAAGCAGUGUGCAGGAGGCGUGAUGUAAAGCUGGUUAAGUUGGACAUGAGCAGCCCACUUGAAGAUCAGGGACCUUUCCACAUGAUCCUUCACAAAGUAACUGCCCUUUAUGCUCAGGCUCUUAGUGAUGAUCCUAAGGCUGUAGCUGCUGUUAAAAUGUUAGAAAACUACACUGCAAAUCAUCCUGAGGUAUACAUUAUUGAUCCACUUCCGGGUGUACGAAAACUUCUCUUACGGCAGGAAACUUAUGAGCUUCUACAACACAUCUUGAAAGAUGAGAAGCGGGAGACAGUCCACUUCAAUUCCCAUCAUGUUUCAAAAGCUGAUUCUCAGUCACCACUUAAUCAACUGGAUCCAGUUGAUAAAGCAGAAGAUCUUCCCAAGGCUGACCCGGCAGUGUUUAAUCGCAUUGUCUCAUUAGUAAGAGAAGCAUUAAAUAUGGACCUCCUUGGUAUAGAUGUAGUGGUGGAAAGCAGCACAGGAAAAUAUGGUAUUAUUGAUGUCAAUGCAUUUCCCAGUUAUGAUUCCGUACCCAGUGUGAUGGAGCAUCUGGUUGACCUGUUGGUCUUUCGAAUGAAUCGGUGCUCUGUAGUAAAGAAUGCUGAGGGUCAUUGUCACCCUCUGAUUUUUGCUUCUCCUGAUCAACCUCAGGAGGAUUCAGGUGUUGACACUGGUUAAAGGUGCAUUGGUAUGUUGCAUGAUUUAAGUUUUUUUUUAUAUACUGUACUUGUGAUAUACAUUCCCAUAAUGAUUGCUUUUUUAAAUUUUUAUUUAAGAUGAAUAAAGGUGUACCUUUUCAUAGUUGCUCAACUACCAUUAAGACUUGUAUCAUGAUGGUUUCUUUUAGUGAAUUAUGUCCUAGAUUUCUUUGGAUUCAGCUUUAUGGUUCUUGAUCCAUUUGAUCCGUAGUUAUGAAGAUACUUACUAUUAUUUGGUAAGUAGUUAAGUUCAGAGAAUGUUUUAGCAUGUUCAGUAGUGUGAUUUUAAAGAAACACUUUGAAAUGAUGGCAAGUAUUUUUUUAAUUCAGUUUUCAGAAGGAUUCCAGAGAAAUGUAGUUGCAAAUAUGAAUGUGUAUGCAAAACAUGGCUGUUUUCUUAUUAAUGUACAUAUAAUCAAUAUUUUUUUCAUGUGGUUGUAAAAUAUUUGAUUUUGGUCAGUUUACUUUUAAGCAUAUAAUAGAUCAGACAGUUACGCUCAUUUUUUUAGUAGUGUAUCAUUGACUUUAACAGUUAAUCUUAAUGCAAAAAUGAAGGGAAAAGUAAGAUUGGAGUUAUUUGUUUUCAUAGUAUUUAAUAAGUAAGAAUGUAUGUUGUUCAAUUUUUUUGAUUGAAGUAAAAUAGUAUUUAUAUUGUGAUGUCAACAGCAUAGGGUGAAUGAAGUUUGUGAAACUGAUUCUUAUACAGUUAAGGUAUCUGGAAUGUUAGUAAUUAUGCAUCUCUUGUUGUUUGUAAAGUAAGAUAAUUUUUAUAACUAUUAGAAUGAUUGUUUAGGUUCAGGCUAGUUUUCGUUAAAACUGGUUAAAGUAAAAAGCAGAAGUAUUGCAAAAAUCUAGUUAACUAGAAUGGAUGUGAGAGCCUUAGAGGAUUUCUAGGAGUAUGUGGUUAGGUAUUAGAAGGUUGAAAACCUGAUAUUUUUUAAAUUCUUGAACCAAAAGUAGAUUUUGUAAGCUAUCCUUACUUUUGGUAAUUGCUGAGGUAUUCUUUGUUAUGAAUACCUUUUUAAUCAUAGUAGACUGACUCUCUCUCUCUCUCUCUCUCUCUCUCUCUCUCUCUCUCUCUCUCUCGUCA